AUGGAAGAACUCCAUGGCAGAUUUUCUGUUUUUCCAGACUGGGGAUAUGUCAUUUAUCGCACGACCUACUCUGCCGAAUCGAAUGCUUUUUUCCCAGACAUUAUCAGAUUCAUCGAGGCCUGUAUUAAAAAGCAGUUUGUGAGCGUUGGCGCUGAUCGCCCUCGAAAUUAUGUCUCCGAAGAUUGGCCUAAGUACCGAUCGACGAUUAUGGAAACCCCUGCACAAUUCCAAGGAGCAUCUCUCGACGAAAUUCGCACACAUUUUGAGACAUGGGUGAAUGCGCAAGGAAUGCGAGAUAAAUGGACCAAGUUUCGAAUGUGCAUUAUUAUUGAAGAAGAAUCUCUACAAGCGCUGAAAGACGCAACUGUGGCGGAAACUGAAACAGAGAAUUUCCAUGAGCCCUUAAGAUAUGUGAAGGUUCGUGAAGCAUUCCCGGAUAUCGAUCAGUAUGAUAUUUUUCCCGGAUGGAUGAAAUGCUGGACAUAUGCGCUAUGGAGUCUCUGGGAGAAUAUGCAUGAUGGCGACGAUAUGAAGAUGCAACAUGCAUUCAUCGAAGAGGAUGACCCGUGGCCGGAUGUUUAUAUCGGGUGA